CUGCCGACAACUGACCAAUCCUGCGCAGCGGGGCGUGACGUCAGCGCUGCCAGCGUGGAAUGCACGUCGUUCGGCAGGUCCAGGAAGUAAACUGUCCGGUUCGGCCAGUGGUUAACAGAAAUCUCCUACGGAAACAGGUUAUUUAAUUCGCAAUAAAUUCAAAACUGGCGACUUAAUUUUUUUUCUACGGGCUUUCCCGGAGACUUCUGCAGGGGCUCCCUCGCGUUACCUAGCAGCGAAUUCUCUGCGUCCCUUUUCACGGAGCGCAGGUGUCAAGCUGUCAGCUGUGGACUGCUAAAGGAAGCAAAGCCUCUUCCUUGAUCAUGGUAGAUGCUGCUCUGGCUCAGGUGGGAAAGAACCUGAGUGAAGCCAUGAGGAUCCUUGGAGAUGGACAGAUGGAGCCAGACGCAGGAACGGAAAGCCGACGUUUCAGUAGAACCAGUAUCCCCGGACCUCUACAGGGAGAUGGCCAGGAUGUAACCACAAUACUGCACCUUGUUCACCACCUCAUCCAUGAAGAGGAAGAUGAAGAGGAUGAGAGGGACAAGGCCAGCCAGCCGAUCCAGAAUGUGGGGGAACAGGGUCACAUGGCCUUGCUGGGCCACAGUCUGGCAGCGUACAUCUCCGUGCUGGACAGAGAGCGGCUCCGGAAGCUAACCACUCGGAUUCUGUCUGACACCACGCUGUGGCUCUGCAGGAUCUUCAGGUAUGACAAUGGCUCCGCCUAUUUCCAUGAAGAUGACAGGGAUGGCCUUGUAAAGGUCUGUCGGCUUGCCAUCAACGCCCGUUAUGAGGAAUAUACAACUGAAGGCUAUGCUGUCUUAAGCUCCAGACAGCCAGUUAUCUACCAAAGCGCCUCCUGCAGGCCUGGCCUGGGACAACACCUAUGCAACCAGCUUGGCUUGCCUCUGUCCAGCCUGUGCACAGUGCCAUGUAACACCAUCUUUGGAUCCCAGCACCAAAUGGAUGUUGCCCUGUUGGACAAGUUGAUCAAAGAGGACACAGACGCUGGGAAGCUUCCUUUGCUGCUGAUCGCCAACGCAGGGACCCCUGAAGCAGGUCAUACAGACAAACUGAGUCGCCUUAAGGAGCUGUGUGACCAGCAUGGUAUAUGGCUUCAUGUGGAGGGGGUCAACCUUGCCACCCUGGCUCUGGCCCAGGUCACCUCUGCUGUCAUGGGAGCCACCAGAAGCGACAGCAUGACGCUGACACCUGGUCGCUGGCUCGGGCUGCCUGCAGUCACUGCUGUCACCCUCUACAGACACGAAGACCCGGCCCUGUCCCUGGCAGCUGGUCUGACCUCCAGCCAGCCUGUGGAGAAGCUGCGGGCGCUGCCUCUGUGGCUCUCUCUCCAGUACCUGGGCCACAACGGGAUUGUUCAGAAGAUCAGACACGCCGCAGCUUUGAGCCAGCACCUCCUGCUGAAGCUGAAAUCUGUGACCUGCAUCAGAACUUCGGACGGGCUUGAGAAACGGAUCUCUCUCGCUGAGGCACUAAAAAUGGUGGAAGAUGAACAAAACUCUCCUGUCGUGCUGUUUAAGUUUUCCCAGGAAUCGAAUGCUGGAGGCAGUGGGGGGUCUGUGGACGGUUUGUGUGCUGGAGAGAAGGAGGUGCUGGAUACCUUCAACGGAUGGAUGGGUGAGCAGCUUGCUCAGCUGGUUCCCUCUAGUGGAGUGGAUGUGGUGGAGCUGGAAGAUGAAGGGACCUGUGUGCGUUUCAGCCCCCUCCUCACAGCUGCAGUGCUGGGAACCCAGCAGGAGGAUGUUGAUGAAGUGGUGCAGAAACUCCUGGAGCUGGUGCCGAUGAUAUCAGCCACAAUGAACUUAAGACAGGACUUCAGGGAGGAGACCCACCGCCACGCACCGUCACUCACAUACAUAGAGGAGCUGAGCUGGCCUGGUCUGGGAGCCGUUCGGUAUGAAUCCCAGGCUGAAGGAGCAGAUGAGAGCAGGAGGAAACAGGAGCAGAAGAAAGUCAACGAUGCACUGCUGACGAAACUACAAGAGCUUGACACAGACAUCGUUUUCUCCACUGGCCCUGACUUUGAGAUGGAAGAGAACUGCAUCUUUGUGGGCAUGGUGACAGAUGAUGUUGAUGUGUCAGAGCUGGUGGACACAAUAUCUACACUGGGAAGAGACAUAGAGGAAAGCGGAAGGAUACUGGAGAACAUGACAGAGCGUGUGAGGAAGGGCAUCCUGGAGGCAGAGCUGCAGCUGCAGAAGGCCAGUGAGGACAAACUCCUGGAGGAGGGGAUGCUGAGACAGCUUCCUGUGGUCGGCUCUGUGCUGAAUUGGUUUUCUCCAGUUGAAAGCUCCAUAAAGGGAAGGACUUUUAACCUGGCAGCAGGUUCUCUGGAUUCCACAGACGUGACUUACUCCACCAAAGUCCAGGCAGGCAGGACGUCCCUCCAAGACACCCCCACCCUUUCAGCUAAGAGACUGUCAGGUCAAAGGUUAUUUCGGCGCCCAGGUGCGGGUUCUGACUCGAUGAGUGAGACCAGCUCCGUCGGACCAGCUGACGAGUCAUCCAGAGCGGAGAGCUUCACCGUGAGCCCCAACAUCCACCCUUCCAUGUCCAUGUCUCCACCCGAGACAGCGGAGCAUGCCGAGGCCUGCUUCAGACCACCAGGUCUCCAUGGGAACCCAGAGCAGGUAGAGGCUGAGCAGGAGAGGCAGCCUGAAGGCCAAGAGGUGGAUCUGAGUGGGAGAUAGGUCCACUUCAUGUCCAUGUGUCCUCCAUCCGUCCUGCACACACAGCCAGUCUAACAUGUGCUAAACUGAGACACUUGGAGUCCAGCCUCUGCAGAAGGCCACCUGGGCAGCUUUUGUCUCUCAUUUCAAUGUUUCAGGAUGCCAAAACAACCCAACCAGUCCCUCUGUGUGUGACUCACUGUGAACUCAGAUCAGUGCAUUUCUACCAGUCUUCCUCUCUUCUGCCUUUACCUCUCUGUUGGUAAAGACACUUGGUGGCUUUUGGGUUGGAGAUGUAGGCUCAUCACACAUGGAACUGUUUCGAAGACUUUCCAAUAAACACCCCAGUUGACAUGUUUA